UAGUGAUUCAGUUUUGCGCGAUCGCUUGGUACAAAAUGGUGGAUCGAGGAGGGGUGAGACAGUAGACAUAAAUUUAGUAGAAAGUGAAGUGAGGGCUGUUGUGUAACCAGUGACGCGUUGCUAAUUAAUCGGUGGAUCAUUAAUCGAUCAAUAUGAAGUUCCAAACGAGGGUGCGGUGUCAAACGAUAGUGGUUUUGUGUUACGCUGUACUGACGUCAGCUGAUCAAGACUAUGACAAUAAGCUGACAAAACUAUGGUCCUUAUCCGGUGCCAGGAACAGUGAUGGUUCAGCUGUUGUUAAUGUUACCAGUGCUUCAAUUGUGAUACCUUCGAGUUACAACAGUGACCCAGUUUCAGCGAGGACAUCUAGAGUUGCCAAAAAUUUCUCUCCAUACGCAUUUCGACCACGUGCUAUACCAUUGAAGAGAGUCGAAGAAACGCCGCAAGAUAAGAACGUAUAUUACACCCAAGAUAACAAAUACAAAACGGAAAUACUUUUCCCUGGCAAUUAUUUCGCAAUUCCCAAAGAGAAGAGUACGGAAACGAAGGAAGCCGCAUACAACCCCCUAAAAGGAGGAUCGUUCGAACCGCAAGCGAUACCUUUGAUAAGGAGCCAGGGAUUAGACAAAAGAUCGCUGGAUGUCAACAUAGAUCCAGUCACCGAGGAGCCUGAGGAGUCACCAGAGCCACAGUCAGCUUCUAGAAGAUCAUUGUCGUAUAUCUUAGGAGCUGAAGACGAAGAAGACAGUGAGGAUGAUGAAGAUGGAGAAUACGAAGCUGAAGAUGAUUCUGGAAAAGGUGGAGCGCUCUCACACGCCGGUCACAAAAUCAGGCAUAAACUGAAGCGAGCGAAGAAAUAUUCGAAAUACAUGAUGCCUUUACUUCUAGCGUACAAAUUGAAGUACUUUGCCCUAGUUCCAGUGAUGAUUGGUGGAUUGAUUCUUCUAGUUGGCGCGACGGGAUUGGCUGGAUUCUUCUUUGCAUUAUUUGCUGCGGUCAUGGGCUUGCAAAAAGGUGGAUAUUAGACAUAAGUUAAAAAGUCGACGUUCUCGCAGAUGCCAUCAGAUUUAGAUAGAGAAAUAGUAUUUUUUUUAUUAAAUUUAUAUUGUUUUGUACAUCAUUUUUCCUCCUUUUCAUAGACAUCAAACUGUUCUUUAUACAUUUGUUAAUUUCCUAGAUUUUGUUGUAUUUUACUAAAUUUCGACUCAGUUGAUCCACCGAUUAUAUUUAUUUCCGAAACAAUACUAUUUUUAAGUUCAUCUUUAUUUUUUUCAAUCUUAAAACUUUUGUAAAUAGGUUUCAUUAAAAUAAUAGAUAUUGUAAUUUUAAGUUAUUUAUUAAAUAAUUUAUUAUUAGAUAAAUUUUAUAAACCGAAAUGAUCGACACAAAAAUCGAUUGAAUUAUCUAUAUAGUUACCAAUAAACGAUGCUCACUACUAGUAUUAUUUUUAAAUACCACUUUAUUGUUUUCAAAUAUACCUAUACUUUGAUUG